AUGGCCCCCCAAAGAAUACAUUUCCCCGCAUUCGGAGUAUCCCCGGUUGCCCUCUUCAAGCAGUGCGAUAAACUGUUGCCAGCAUGCACAGCUUGUGUAGAAGCAGACGCACAAUGUGACCCUCGACGGAUAUCCAUCGGACGCGCUACGGACGAGGGAAAUUGCCUCUCUCAUGCCGCCGUGCCAAACUAUGUAGAAGCCCUCAAGGGAAAGGUAGACAAGCUAGACGGACAGCAUCGGCGGCAGCGCGCACGUCUGGGCAGUGAGAACCAACAAAUGUCUAGCCAUACACCAGAGACAGCUAGCACUAGCAUGACAGAGCAGUCAGUACAAGCUGCAAUGGGAGAAAUAGGAUUCCUUUCCCGAAAUGCUAUGGCCGAGCCGCGCCGCGAGUGUCGGGAAUUUCCUCAAGCAUUGGCCAUGAAUAACAUGGUCAGAGCUGCCCUUUCUGUUUCUGGAGAUAGUCCGUUUCAGUCUUCGCUCCCAUCUUAUCGACGCCAAGAACUUGUGGCUAUGGUGGGAUCCACUGACAGGCUCAGCAGAGUGUUUGCUGCACCAUACCUCAACGGUUUCCUGAAUCAAAUCGGCUGCAUGUUUUUGCACAUUAAUACAUUGGAGAUGAGGCAGCACUUUGAUACAUUUUUUGAAGCAGAGGGGACUGGGGAUGCUGGUGUUCAAUAUCGAAAUUUCAAUGUUUAUAUGGUGGUAGCCAUUGCAAUGAUGCUCACCUCUGAGCCUGGUAUCGAGCUAUUUGCAAGCUCUUUGCAUGGUGCGGCAAUGGAAAGCUUCAAUAUCAUUUUGGAGGGUCAUGAUAGUUUGAAAAUUCUUCACUGCAUCUUUCUGUUGAUUAUUUACUCUAUGUACAGCCCUUCUGGGGGUUCGACAUGGCAUCUUCUGGGACUGGCAAUGAAGAAGUCGAUAUCUCUUCGACUCCAUAGGGAGACACAUCAUGACACCAGAGUAUUGCCGGAAGAACUUGACAGCAGACGGAAUUUUUUCUGGAGUCUCUACACGCUUGAUCGGUUAUUCCCGGUUCGGAAUUCGCAAACGUCCGUGAAUUUCGACUUUGGCUGCCAUAUGAUCAUGCACGCCAGGCUGAUAUCGAGCAUGCGAGCUUCUUGGUCUCAACCGCCAGUUUUUCAUUAUGGUACUCUGUGCUAUUGGAGAGACACUGCAAGAUCUACCAGGAGCCAUGUUCAUUCAGGCAAUAACUUGCCAAUACCUGUCACCCAACUCACAUGCAGAUCCCUGAUCCAAAUUGUACAGCUCAGUCGCCGCGCAGCAUCAUGUGCUAGAGUGAUAGGGAGAGCUCAGAAAAUCAGCCAGGAGUCCUUAGACAUUUGUCAAGUAUACAUUAACGAGGAAUACCGCCGCUUCGAGCAUAACAACUUUGCUGGAUCCGUCGUCGAUGGGUUGGACUUGUUCGCCGCGGGAGUGCUCGUCAUCUGUGUUCCGUCAGCACUGCUGCUGGCAGGACACUCCAAUGACCAAAGCAUAAUACCAAAGUGCACUGGGUUGUUGACAAGCUUAGGUGAGCGCUUCUCGUCAUUCAAAAUGCUUCCUAGGGUCCUUUGGGCUCUGUCGACCGUAGCUUCUCAUGGGACAUCAAACGACCAGGUAAGAUUAAUGGCAAUACAUCUCUAUCUCACUAUUAAUUUUGAGGCAGAUACUCGAGUAUCUUCCGGAUAUUAUACCAGAUGCAAUACAAGAUACCAUCCAGGAGUUUUGCUGGAGAUAUCACAAUCUGCAAACAUGGCACCUGGAAUCGUGGAAGCCCUUCCCUCGACCGAUCGGUUGGCUCCAAGUCCUAAGCCCACGGUCUACGCACUCGACAGCUUCCCUCCCCAGGCUAUCGAGCAUGCAAAAAGUCUAUUCAAUCUUAUUCAACCUCACGAUGAAGAGUUUAAGAACUGGCGCCAAAAUGCUCGGGCCCUCUUGAUUCGAGGCUCCUACAUCACCGCCGAUGACAUCGCCAGCUGUCCGAACUUGAUCGCCAUUGGCAAGCACGGCGUGGGUAUCGACAAGAUUGACCAGGAUGCAAGCGAAAAGAGAGGUAUCAAGAUUCUUAAUACACCCGGUGCCAACGCACGCGAUGUUGCCGAGCUUGUCGUCGCCCUGGCUUUGUCUGUUGCGAGGGGAAUUCGAUCAAUCACUACCCGGCAGAUGUCCAAACCUGUGCCCAAGGAGACCUGUAAUGGGCUGACGCUGUAUCAAAGGACAAUUGGAAUUAUUGGAAUGGGCAAUAUUGGACGUACGGUGGCAGAGAUCUUUCGUGGUGGGUUUGAUGCUGAUAUUGUCGCGUACGAUGCGUAUAUGUCCGAGGAUGCUUGGCUGCAUAUUCCACAUAUUCGUGCAAAGAGUGUCGACGAGGUGCUUGUCAGGGCUGAUAUUCUCUCAAUUCAUGUACCCUUGACCCAAGAGACGCGAGGCAUGAUUUCAUACCGGGAGAUUAUGGCCAUGAAGCCGGACACGAUCCUGAUCAAUGCCGCUCGGGGUGGGAUUGUCAGUGAGGCUGAUCUUACGAAAGCCAUGUCAGAGGGACGGUUAUGGGGUGCAGGUCUUGACUGUCAUGAGCAGGAACCUCCGAGCCAUGAGAAACUUUGCCGCUUUUGCCACUUUUGCCUCGGGCACUCCCCUGCAAUGCCACUGCACACACUGUACAUUCCCCUCAAUACUAUCAGUAAUAAACAGGGUCUUGCCAUCUGGUCCCCCGAAGGUACAAUUGGUCAAGUUUUUACCUCCUCCAGGGGCAGUCACAAUCCUUGCUUCCGGAAUCCCACAGCGUUGGACCGGGUCAUGGCGAUAUAUAAGAAGCGCUCAUCCGGCGAGAGAGCUAGCCCGUUUGGAGAGACACCGUUGGAAACUAGACAAUCAAGUUUGCCGGUUGGCGAGAAUUUUCUCACAUAUCACUGCAAAAUGGGACGCAUUGCGGAGGCUAGACAAGCUAUUCAAGGCGCUCCGAAGGGCAUCUUCAAUGGCUAUGUCUUCAUGUGUGCAUGUGUCUUUGCAUUUUCUGGGAUAUCAAAAGGGUUCGAUGAGGACAGCCAAACGGAAGAUGAAUAUGCCAAUACAAAAGGAUGGCUUGUGUCCAUAUCAACUGCUGGUGCUGUAUUUGGCUGUCUUGGGGCGAGUUUGUUUUGCCCUCCGAUCAACGAUAGGUUUGGUCGACUACCAACACUCCGGAUAGCGACAGUCAUAUACAUAGCCGGAAUUCUAGGUCAAGGUCUCUGCAAUGGGAACGUCUCCGGUCUUUAUGCAUCCCGGCUCAUCUCAGGGCUGGGUAUGGGACCUCUGACAAUUAUCCCACCGAUCUAUAUCACAGAGAUUUCACCCAAAGCAAUUCGUGGACUCCUUACAAUCCUGUACGCCUCCUGCCAGCAGCUGGGUGUCGUGCUGGGUUUCUUCAUAAACUACGGGAUGACCCGACAAUAUGCCGGCACUGACAAGCAGUGGAUGCUUCCUACACUCCUUCAACUUGCUCCUGCAGUAAUUUGGGCUUUUGGGAGCUUUUUGUGCUGCGAGUCUCCUCGCUGGCUACUAUCCAAAGGCAAACGAGAAGAAGCAACUAUGACCAUGUCCAAGUUGCGACACUUGCCGCGCGAUCACUCGGCGGUCCAAGCCGAAAUGGCGGGCAUGGACGCUCAAAUAUUGCACGAGAUGGAGGCUGUCAGCGAUGCAACCAUGUGGGAUCUUCUGAAGGAAACCUUUGUUCCUGUUGAGAAUCGCCGCCGAUUCUUCUUGAUUUUCAUGGCCACACUGUUCUCGCAGUGGUCCGGGGCCAAUGCCAUAACGCAAUAUUCGCCGACCAUCUUUGGCUAUCUAGGAAUCAGCGGCGACGAAUCAACGUUCCUGGCUACCGGAAUAUACGGCGUAGUGAAGUUUGUCAGCACACUGGCUUUCGCAUUAUUCAUCGUCGAUAUCAUCGGCCGAAGACAAUCUCUACUCACCGGAAUCAGCCUCCAAUUGACAACCCUGAUCUUCGUCGGUGCCUACCUAGGCGUUACUAAGGACAUGACUACUGCUGAACUCAAGGCAACGACCAGCGCCUCACGAGCAUCUGUCGCCGCCAUCGUGGCUAUUUUCCUUCACGCAGUGGCAUGGAGCAUCGGCUGGUUCAGCAUCCCCUACUUGGUCGGAUCGGAGGUGUUUCCGAUUCGAAUCCGGUCGUUGAAUGUCUCCAUCUCGAUGGCUUUUCAUUGGGCGUUUUAUUUUGCAUGUUCGCGUGCGAUGCCUAGUCUUUUGGCUGGGACGCAGAAAUGGGGCGCAUUUGCAUUUUUCGCAUCGAUCUGCUUGAUAUCACUUGUUUAUGUAUUUUUUGCUAUGCCAGAUACCACGGGAAGAUCACUCGAGGACUUGGAUAGUCUCUUUCAGCGGCCAUGGCACUCUGUGUAUAAAGUGGCUUACCCACAACGCGCUUAUGUAGGCCAAACGAAGGAAUGGAAGGAAGCAGAGGGAGACUCAAAGCACGUGGAGCAGGCGUAA